CUCACUUUUUUCUUUCGUAUCAUCCGACGUAAUUUUCUCGUCCUAGGAAAUUUUCCCAAGAGAGGGGUUUCGAGUUUUUGUUUUCUCUGUUUUUUCUUUUUCUCUUUGGACGUCUUUUGUAGAUUUGAGGUCAUGGGAAAAGUUGCGGUGGGAGCAGCAGUGAUAGGGGCGGCCGCGGUGGUGGCCGUCACGGCUUACAUCGUCCGCCGCCGCAUGCGGUGCGCGAACGGCAGGGUAAAGGCAAUGGAGAUUGUGAAGGACUUCGAGGAGGAUUGUGCAACCUCGUAUUCUAAGCUGAAGCAUGUGGCCGAUGCUAUGACUGUGGAGAUGCACGCGGGCCUUGCUUCCGAAGGUGGAAGCAAGCUCAAGAUGCUGAUCAGCUAUGUGGAUAAUCUACCAACUGGAGAUGAGAAAGGAUUGUUUUAUGCAUUGGACCUUGGUGGAACAAACUUUCGUGUGUUGCGGGUACAAUUGGGAGGAAGGGAUGGGCGCAUUGUUAAUCAGGAAUUUGUUGAGGUGUCGAUUCCUCCAAAUUUGAUGGUUAAGAGUACAGAUGCACUGUUUGACUAUAUUGCAACUGAACUUGCAAAAUUUGUUGCUAAAGAAGGCCCAGGUUUUCAUCUUCCACCUGGUAGGCAGAGGGAACUAGGUUUUACCUUCUCCUUCCCUGUGAUGCAAACAUCAAUCAACUCUGGGAAUCUUAUUAAGUGGACCAAAGGGUUCUCCAUAGAUGAUACGAUUGGCCGAGACGUGGUGGCAGAAUUAACAAAGGCCAUAGAAAGAAAAGGCGUUGAUAUGCGUGUGUCAGCUCUUGUCAAUGAUACAAUUGGAACACUAGCUGGAGGUAGAUACUUCAACGAUGAUGUUGUUGUUGCCGUGAUUUUGGGCACUGGAUCUAAUGCAGCAUAUGUGGAACGUGCACAAGCCAUACCAAAAUGGCAGGGUCUUCUACCUAAAUCAGGAGAUAUGGUUAUCAACAUGGAGUGGGGCAACUUUAGGUCAUCACAUCUACCAUUAACAGAGUAUGACCGUGCAAUGGAUAUUGAUAGUUUAAACCCUGGUGAACAGAUUUUUGAGAAGCUAGUUUCUGGCAUGUAUUUGGGCGAAAUUUUGCGUAGAGUCCUACUCAGGAUGGCUGAAGAAGCUGCCUUUUUUGGUGCCACUGUUCCACCAAAACUUAAAAUUCCAUUCAUAUUGAGGACACCUGACAUGUCAUCCAUGCAUCAUGACACAUCAGUCAAUCUCAAAGUGGUUGGGAUCAAAAUGAAGGAGAUUUUAGGGAUAUCUGACACCCCCCUGAAGAUGAGAAAAAUUGUUGUUCAACUCUGCAACAUUGUAGCCACACGUGGGGCUCGCCUUGCGGCUGCUGCUAUCUUCGGAGUUCUGAAGAAAAUGGGCAGAGAUACAGUCAGGCCUGGAGAGAAACAGAAGACUGUCAUCGCCAUGGAUGGUGGAUUGUUUGAGCACUACAGUGAGUACAGUAAGUGCUUGGAAAACACACUGAGAGAAUUGGUUGGGGAGCAAGUUUCAGAGAGCCUCUUCAUUGAGCAUGCCAAUGAUGGCUCAGGCAUUGGAGCUGCCCUUCUUGCUGCCUCUCAUUCCCAGUACAUUGGGGUAGAAGAGUCCUGAAAAUGGUUGGAAACAUUGAGCCUUUUUCCGAAGAAAGUUUCACCUUUUCCUGCAAUCUCUCUUCAUUUCUCAAACCUUUUCCUUUUUCACAUUUUCCCUCAUUUAUUUCUAUACUUCAGGUGAUUUUUCUAACAAAUCCUUAAUCUAUUGUUCCACAGAAUAUGUAACAGAAGUGGAUUAAUUGUAUAAAAGCAGGACCUGGGGGCUGCUAUGCUCUUCUGUUCCAGCCUGCCAUUUUCCCCUUGAUUUUGUUCUUCCUGCCAGAUUAUGGCUACCAAUUCUGACAUUGAUUAAUAAGAUGGGGAAUUUGAAUUUUUCUUCAA